UGGCUCAGGGGGAGUAAGCAAGAGGGAAAAGGGCAGAGGGAGCGAAUGAGAGAGUGAGAUAAGCAGAGGCGGCAUCAUCUCUUCGGUGCAUUCAGCUUGCAGCAGCUCAGGAGGCAGGAAGGAAGGAAGAGAGGAAGAGGGAGAACACCAGCACCUCUCUGAAGGGGGCGACACCACACCUCUCUAGCUCUCUCUCUCUCUCUCCGGAAGAUACACACUGUCCCACGUCACAAACACGCAUUUUCAGGAGGCGUGAGGCUCAGGAGGAGGAACACCGCUCACACGCUCGCUGUUUCUGUUGCCCCGGCUGCACUUUCGGGAGCUGUCUCUUGAAGACUGGACCAGAGCCGUUUCCAUCCUCGCUCGCUUCAUCCAUCCUCUCCUCCCUUUCUGCUUUACCAUCCAACACAGAAGCAGCUCUGCUGUCACGCAUUCCUCAAUCAUCUGGACUGAUUUGUUUGCUCUGUCAUUCAUCUAACCCCUGAUCCACUCUGCCUUCACUCCAUUCAGCCUGGACAUCAGGAGGCGCCCAGUCAGGAGAAAGACACAUCUACAGUCGACUGAGAAUCCCACCUUUCAACCGAAACCAUGAAUUUCCUCCGCCGCCGUCUCUCCGACAGCAGCUUCAUGUCCAACCUGCCCAAUGGCUACAUGACAGACCUUCAGAGGCCUGACCCACCUGCUCCUUCACCCCCCACCGCCUCCUCUCCUUCCCAGCAGGGUGCAGCCCCUGCCUCAGCUCCUGCCCCUGCCCUCUCCCCAACAAAAGCUCCUACUCCAUCCCAGGUGCCUGCCAGCUCUCCCGGGCCACAGGAGCGCCGUCCAUCCCAGCUGGCCCAGCAGCCCCAACAGGCCCAGUCGUCGUCCUCCUCUGGUGGGUCCUCCGGCUUCUUCAGCUCCUUCAGCUCCAUCACCAACGCCGUCAAACAGACGGCCGCAUCCGCCGCUGGCUUUGUGGAGCAGUCGGCCCCUUCUCCGUCCCUCUCCAAGAAGUUCAAGAUCCUGUUGGUCAUUGAUGAGCCCCAGCAUGAGUGGGCAAAAGUGUUCAGAGGAAAGAAGGUCCUUGGGGAAUACGACAUCAAAGUGGAGCAGGCUGAGUUCUCGGAGGUCAAUCUUGUUGCUCAUUCAAAUGGAACCUGCAAUGUGGACAUGCAGGUCAUCAGGGGCGGCACCAAGGUCGUCAGGUCAUUCAGGCCUGACUUUGUGUUGGUGCGCCAACACGCCUUCAGCAUGGCUCAAAAUGAGGACUUUAGAAACUUGAUCAUUGGUCUUCAGUAUGCAGGCGUCCCUUCAGUCAACACUCUGGACUCAAUUUACAACCUGUGUGACAAACCCUGGGCUUUUUCCCAGCUGAUCAACAACCAGAAGCGGUUGGGUUCAGAUAAGUUUCCUCUCAUUAAUCAGACGUUCUACCCCAACUACAGAGACAUGAUUACAACACCAAGUUUCCCAGUAGUGGUGAAGAUCGGACAUGCCCACUCUGGAAUGGGAAAGGUAAAGGUGGACAACGUUAGUGAUUUCCAAGACAUUGCGAGUGUGGUGGCCAUCACUCAGACCUACUGCACUACAGAGCCAUUUGUAGAUGCCAAGUACGACAUCAGGGUCCAAAAAAUUGGAGCUGACUACAAAGCUUACAUGCGAACAUCCAUCUCUGGUAACUGGAAAAGCAACACCGGAUCUGCCAUGUUGGAACAAGUAGCCAUGACUGACAAGUAUAAAUCGUGGGUCGACACCUGCUCAGAGAUCUUUGGGGGUCUGGACAUCUGUGCUAUUAAAGCCAUCUGUGGUAAGGAUGGCAAUGACUACAUUACCGAGGUCGUGGGCUCAUCUAUGCAGCUGAUUGGCGAUCACCAGGCAGAGGAUCGGCAGCUCAUUUCUGAGGUGGUGCUGGCUAAGAUGAACCAAGCUCUGACUACCAGGUCAUCCAGUGCUUCCCGCUCACCUGCUCGCUCUCCUCAAGGCCAGAAGCCGACAACUGUGCAGCCCCAGCAGACUGCUUCUGCUAAGGAAGGCCUGGCAGACCCGAACAGGAGCUCAGGCCAACGUCCUCAACCUCAAGGUGCGGCACUGAAAUCACAGAGUGUGGACGUAACAGCAGAAUCAGCAAAAAGACCGUCUGAACCUAAGCCUGACCAGGCCCAGAAACCUGCUGGCGCUCAGAAACCAGCUCAGGCUCAGAAACCGAGCCCGGUCCAAAAGGCUGCCUCUGUCACAAAGCCACCCGUGCCGAGGCCUCCCCCAAUGAUCAGAGCCCCUUCUGUAACAAAGCCAACCCAAGAUUCUGCUUCCAGCUCAGUCCCAUCCAAAGCUUCACCAUCAUCCCCAGCUAAAGCAGCCAAAGCUCCAGGUUCUCCACCAACAAAAGCCCCAGCAGCAACAGCAUCAAGUUCCCCUCCAGCCUCUCCCAAACCUUCUGCUACCACCACAGAGCAGCCCAAACCCCAGCCACAAGGCUCUCCAUCGGCAUCACCUGGGAAACCUAAAGAUCUGCCCCCAAAACCCACACCACCCGCAAAGCCGAUCCCUCCUGUUCGCAGGAAUUCUAAGCCACAGCUUCAGCCAAAGCCACAGUCUCCCACUCCUCCAAAGGCUUUGCCCAAACCCCAGGCCCCCACUCAACCCCAAGCCCCCGAACCCACCUUGGCGUCUGAUGCCACCCACCCUGCACAGGUCCAGUCCCCUGCUAAAUCCAGCCAGCCCUCCUCUAACGUCCCGGCUCAAGCUCAGGCCAAGCCACCCUCUCCAUCCCAAAACCCUGAGCCGACUCCAGCUGAAGCACCCGCAGCAUCCGGUGAUCCCCAGGCGCCUGUUGAAGAUCAGCCCCAACAAAAGACCCAUCCACUACUGAAUAAGUCCCAGUCCUUGACCAAUGCCUUCAACGCCUUUAGCGACUCCUCUUUCUUCCGCGGGGUCUCAGGCUCCGGUGGCGAUGGCCAAGAAGAGGCAAAAGCCGAAACCAUUCGCAACCUUCGAAAGUCCUUUGCCAGCCUUUUCUCUGAUUAAACACAACCAAACAACAGUUUGCCCCUUGUUGAUGCUGGUCCUCCUUUUAACCAGUGGCCAGCUUUCCUGAUUGACAUUAAAUGUGAACCAGUCUGAGAUUAAAGUUUGUGUGUCAGUUGUACUUUAUACCCCACAUCCUUUUUCCUGGUCAGCUCCUCUCUUAUCUCCCCAGUGCAGGUAACAGUGAGGCCUAUUGGAGACAAAUCAAUCAAAGACUGUCUUGAAGGAGUUACGUCAUUGAUACAGUGCCUGACAAAAAAAUACUUAUAUCUCUUGAUAUUUUUCGCAUUCUGUUGCAUUGAAACCACAAACUUCAGUAUGUUGAUGUGAUAGACAAACACUAAGAAAUGCAUCAUUUUGAAAUGCAUGGAAAAGGCCAGACAUGAGCUAGAGCUGUCUUGUUGACAGAUUCUUCCACAUACCAAUUGGAUGACCUCUGAAGUCAUGUGUUCAUUGGAUUUUAUUUAGGUGACUUGCAGUAAAAGUGGUAGGUUGUACUUCCCCACCACAAUAUUCUCUUCUUUUGCAAAAAAUGUCUGUCUGUGCACCAGAUUUGUAUUAUUUCUCAGUUAUGUGCAAGUUUACCUCAAACUGCUACACUGCCAUACUGAUGUGUGCAUAGCACUAAUCCCUGUUGAUUCAUAUUCAGAAUAUGCAAAAGAUCACACCUGAAACAUGUUUGGUUGGAGUAAUGCCAAAUUAUGACCAAUUUUGCCAAUACACCUAAAUGUAUCAGAUUAUUGAUCUCCAUUUAAUUCGGAAUCUGUUUGAUGGCAAAAACACGCCUUUUAUAUAAUUGUACAUAAAUUUAAUCAGCAAGUGAUUAAGGGAUAUGAGUGUUUUGUAAGGCACUGUACAUAAUAUAUUAUAUUACAGUAGACAAAAACUAUUUAUUUUCACAUAGAACAUUAAAUGACUUGUAGAAAGUAACAUGAAAGAUAUAAGAUGGAUUGUACAUAUAGUAUUUAUACAAAGUAUAUAAAUCUAAACAUAUAUAACUAUAAAGGGACAUAAGCCAGUAAAAUAAAAAAAAUAUCCAGCUGCAAUUUUGCAGUUUUUCCAGUGACAUAACUCUUUCAUUCAGUGGCUAGAUUUAUAGAAACUUUACCUAAUCUGACGUUUGAUGGUUUCCCCUACAGUAAAUGUUGUCACCUUGUGCGUACAAGAAUAGUAAAACAACAUCUUUAAAAGGUUUGUUCCUCUGUAUCUCCAGCUGUGUUGUCUCUGUCCUUGGCUACUGAUUGCCAGGCUCUUCUUGACUUCCCUGUUUUUGUCCUAAAAAAGGCCUUGAAGUGCAUCCUUUUUUUGUGUGGGAGUUGGAUAUAUGUACGUGUGCGUGUUCAUUCGUGUUCACUAGUCGUGCAUGAUUCCUAAGAGUGGCUCGAAACGUAACGUUUGAAUCAGAAGGAAGCUCUAUCAGUGUUGAGUUUUGCCCUCUGUUGCCUCUCUCCUCUUUCUAGAUGUUGUAGCCUUAUUGUGAACAUGUUCUCAAUUCGCAGCUAUGUCCGCUGGCUGUGCAGACCUGGGUCAAUCACAAACUGAAAUGUAUUCAUUUACUCUGAGGCAACUGGCUUUGUUUAACCAGUACUGUGUGGGAGCAGGUAACUGGCUGACUAAAUGAAUGCAUUUCAAACAGUUACUCAUGUCUGUCGCUGUGACUGGUGAUUUCUUGUUUCACCUCUGUGUAGAUCUAUCAGCAGUAUUGUAAUUUGUUGAUUACUCUCAUUGAAAAGACGUUGAGACAGUAGUGCAAUAACACCUCGACAUGACUGUUGAGCGCUGUCAUCCUUGUAUAAAUAAUAUCAUACAUAAAGGAUUUGUCUAUGUGUUAAUUUAAGAGUUCUUUCAGUGGUCUGGUUCCAGGUUGCUUUUAAACUGCCGUCAGGAGCAUGAUGUUCUGUGUUGGGUUUGUAGCUAAUCUUAUUUGUGUAGUUGGAGUGAAUUUAACACAACCCGGAGGUCAUCUCCUACCUUCACUGUUAAAAAAAAGAAAAAGGGAACAAUCUAAAUACAACCCAUUUUAAUGCAGAUCAUUUCAACCAGUCUGCUUAUCCUUUUCCAGGACUGUUGAAAGUAAAUUUUUAGCAUACUGUAUUUGUUUGUGUCACCCCAAGAAGUUUAUUUUUUGUAAAACAUUUAUUUAUUCAAGGCUCCAUAUUUAUGGUACAAUAUAUAUAGAUAUUUAUCGUUUGUUUUGUAUUGUGUUUUUAUUUGUAAUGCAAUAUCGCUUUGCAUGAUCUGGUGACUGAUGUUAUUUUUUUCUGUAAAGAUAAAAGUCAAUAAAGAUGUGAUUCUAUCAUUCCAUGGAUUCACUGAGAUUCA